UUUAUAUAUAUAGAUAAAAAUAAAAGAAAGCAUGGAUUUGAUGCGUAGAUUUUCAAAAACUAUGCGAGAAAGCGAGUCUUUUGUUCAUUAUAUUUUUAUGUGUAAUGCUGGGUAUUACCGAACGAUACGCUUAGACUUCGAUCUCUACUAGAAGGUGCUAUUUAUACUUAAUCUUCAAAAUGAUCAAAAAAUUAACUGAAAAGUUUACAAAAAUAGAUUACGAUAAUUUUGAAAAUUAUGAUCCUUUUCUUUUUCUUAAAUUUAUGUAUAUAUUGUGCGGAAUUUGGCCAUUGGACAAAUCAUACUAUCCCAAUUAUGCGAGGAAAAUUAUUCACAUUCUACCAAGCCUUAGCAUGACGGGGAUUUUUCUUAUCAUGAUGAGCGCAUUUUUUUCACCAUCAGUAUCUACAGAGGACUUCAUAGAAAUCUUCAGUCUUCAAUCUGCUGCAAUAACAGCAUUGACAAGAAUGUAUUUUUUGUUACUGCGAAAGCCGCAAGUCUAUUCUAUGAUAUAUCACACCAUCGAAAUGGAAACGAAAGGACCAAUCCAAUUAUUGAGCAAAGAGGAAUGUAUAAUAAUCAAUAAGUGGAGAAUCAUUCAGGAUUUUUUGACCAAGAUGUUGAGUGUGGGUUAUUUACUCGGGGUAAUUUUUUACUUGAUCCCUCCAGCUUUUUUCAGAAAGCUGCCCUUUCCUGUUUUUAUACCAGAAAAUUUAUGCACAGAAUGGUAUACUAGAUUGUAUAUUAUAGAGUGCAUAGCAAUCUUUCUUUCCUGUCCGGCUUGGGUAUCUUUGGAUCUUUAUUUGUGCAUUUUUUUGUGCCAACUCUGCAUGCAUUUAGAAUUGGUUUAUGCUGCUGUCCAAGAUCUGCGCGGCAAGGAUAGAGCUACCUUACACACCAUCAUUCGGAGGCAUAGUAAAGUUUUGAUGUAUGGCCAAAAGUUGUGUGAGGUCGUGCAUUAUAUUUUUUUCGCAAUUUGUUGCUCUUACGGAUCAUUUUUGAUCUUCGGAACAAUAACUAUAGGAGAGAUAAGCUGGAAAACUCACGGAGCUUUGGCUAUUAAAAAUAUCGUAACGUUGGUUGUAUGUUCUUCUACCAUUUAUUUGAUAUGUUAUGUUGGUGAAUUAUUGCAAGACUUAUCAUCUCGAAUCGGCGAUGGGAUACUUUUAGAUAAUUACGCCGAACACGGAUCAAACCGAAAGUAUUUGAAGGAAUUAGAAAUUAUGAACGAUCGAUGCAAACUUAGUUUAAAAAUAGAAUAUACGCCAAACAUGAUAGUCAACAUGAAGUUAUUCACUAAUAUUAUGAAUUAUGUAGUGUCAACCUACAUAUUUGUGAACACAAUGUUCGUGAAUCCUGUAUAGUCGAAUGUCGUAAUAAUAAUUUAUGAGCUACUCGAUUUCAUUGAGGCCGAUGAGAGACUGUUAUGCAAAUUUCCAAUGUGAAGUAAUGUCUUUAUUUUUAUGCAGCCAAUUAUUUAGAUGCUGACGCAGUAAAGUAUUGUAUACAAACACGAUUGAUAAAGUUUGAAAAAGAUUCACAUCCCAUUUUUUGCUUUCACAAGAUUGAAAUCAGUAUUGUAAGCACUAUAAUAAUAUAAUUAUUGUAGCGAUUCAAAAAUAAGUCUUGGCGCAUUCAAUAAUAUUUUUUCACA